GACAAGGUUCACGUCUCACGGAGUUACGUUAAAAAUGUUUGGUAAAUUGAAAUACGGCUUACGAAUGAAAUGAAAAUUAUAAUCAGAAUUAUAUUAUUAAUUAGCCGUCGUAUAUAAAUUUUCCCCAGACCCUGACUAGCAGAUAUUUUAAUUUAUCUAGUCAUCGUAAGGUAUCGUCACGAUGGAAGUUAUUGUGGCCAACGUUGAUCACAUAAAAUUUGAUAUAGAUUAUGCCUUGGAACAGCAAUUUGGAGCGUUGCCGCUGCCAUUUGCGGGAAUGGACAAAUCAACAGCAGCAGUUUGCGAGUUUUUCGGGUCACCUUCUGGAUGUGGAAAUGGACCUCAAUGCCCCUAUAGGCAUGUGAGAGGUGAUCGUACAGUUGUAUGCAAACAUUGGCUUCGUGGCCUGUGCAAAAAAGGAGAUCAAUGUGAAUUUCUUCAUGAGUAUGACAUGACUAAGAUGCCUGAAUGCUAUUUCUAUGCCAGGUUCAAUGCAUGUCAUAAUAAAGAAUGCCCAUUUUUGCACAUAGAUCCGGAAAGUAAAAUAAAAGAUUGCCCUUGGUAUGAUAGAGGUUUCUGUAGGCAUGGGCCACAUUGCCGUCACAGACAUGUGAGAAGAGUUUUAUGUUUGAACUAUUUGGGUGGUAUCUGUCCAGAAGGACCUAACUGCAAGUUCAUGCACCCAAGAUUUGAAUUACCAGCACCACCAGAACAAACAAAAGAUGCCAAAAGACUCCCAGUGUGUCAUUUUUGCUCUGAAGUUGGACAUAAAGCUUCAUCAUGUCAUAAAAUUCCUAGUGAGCAAAGAGAAGCAGCUCAGCGUCAAGAUGAGAACAGGUACAGAGCAUAUGGCUACAUCAAAUCAGUCAAUGAAGGUGAUGAUCAAGUACGAAUGCAUAGGUUGAUGCAUAAACCUCUUGAUGAGGUCACCUGCUUUAAAUGUGGUACAAAAGGUCAUUAUGCCAACAAAUGUCCUAAAGGCCACCUGGCAUUCCUUUCAAGCCAGCCUCCGCCGCCACCUUCUCCAAAUACUUUCAAAAAACCUAACUAGUAUAAGUAUGUGAAGCCAUCUUAAAUGGCUUCAAAGAUCAGACUUCAACAGUGCUUAAGUGGAGUGAAAUUUAAGUGAUUCUACAGACUGUUUAGCAAUAAGUAUUAUAUUAUAAAAAAAGUUAAAUAUUCAUAAUUAAUAUUAAACAUUAAAUAAAAUUAUUGCAUUAAAUAUUGUUAAAUUAAAACAAAGUGAGUGACAAGAUAAAAUAAACUGGUGCAGGCCCUAAAAUGCAGUAUAGGGAAAAGCAGUAUUGAGAAAAUCACAAGAAAUAUUUUUAACAGUGUUUUUUUAUGGUGGAUAUUUAUAAUACCACAUGGACUAAGUGGUAACAAAGAUUAAAUUCAUGAAAAAAUAUAUUUA